AUGUCAAACUUGGUGUCUCAAAUCGAAAAUUUUUUAUUAAGCGGACCUUUAGACGCUAUUUGUGGAGCAAGCGUAGUUUAUUUAGCUAUGAGCGACAAUAAUGUAGAUAGGUAUGAGGAGAUCAGAACUUUAGCAGACCAUGCCGUCGAUUUAGCUAUAAAAAAAAUACUUGAUGAUGAACGAAAAGUAAAGGUCUUGGAAGUUUUACCACAGUUGAAGAAUGGAUAUAGAAGUAUCGUGGGUCUAAAAGCGAUGAAAGUAUUGAAAAAGGCGAAAAAAAACAACCAUUGGUCACUCUUGAGAAAAGAUGGAACAGAAUAUGAGGGCAUUACAAUCGAAACUUGA